AUUCUGUUUUUCGUUAUCGUAAACACUACAUUACAACAAGAAUCUUCCUUUUAUAGAUACGUAUGAAAUCAUCGAAAAUAUUAUUGGUAUGUAGUAUUAACAAUUACAAUGUAUUACUCAUCUCUUGCUAUAAAAUUGUUAGGUUUCUAACUUAUUUAUAUAAAUAUUAUUAAUGAAAGUAGUAUUAAUCUUAUCAAAAAGAGUUGUAGGGUAAGUAAAUCUGUGAAUUAAUAUAUCUGAAAUGCGAAAAUAUGAAAAAUUCAUAUAUUGUAUUCGAAAUGAACUACAUUUGGAACAUAAUAGUAAAAGUUAUAUAGACAUUAGAUGAAAAUCUACAUUGAAAAUGUUACUAAUACAAUAGAAUAUUGCGCUAAACAUUACCAUCAAUAUAUAUAUAUAUAUUUAUAUACUUGUCAUUAUACAUCGGAUAGUUUUAACAAAACAAUUGAAUUGAUUUUCUGUUUAAUUGUAAAUUAUUUAUUAAAAAUUUGAUUAUAUAUAAUCAAUAUAUAUAUAUAUAUAUAUAUAUAUAUAUAUUAAUAUAAAUACAAUAUCAGCAUUUACUUGUUAUGAAGGUCUAAGCAAUACAAAAAUCUCCCUCUUUUUAAAAAUAGGCCUUAAAAGAGUAUCAUAUGUAGGAAUGACAUGGAAAGGUCUCUUUAAUAUUUUAUUCAAGAAAAAUAACUCUAAAAAUAUUACUAAAAUCUUGUUAUCAUUUUCUUUUGUUCAUCAUUUAUCUAAAAUGUGUAGAGUGGACGUAAAUCGAUUACACUGCCAAGAAAAAGUUCAUGAACUUUCACUGACACAACAAGGAACUCUAUAUUUAGUUACUCUCACUUUUUCUCUUUUCGUUAAAUAAAACGCUAAGAAACAGAUAGCGCAUUUUCUGUGUGAUACAAUAACUUAUUACCAGUUUUUCUUCAUAAGUGAAAGAAAACGGAAUUUAUAUUUAUUAUUUGCUUUACCAUCCAAACACAAUAAGAUUGUUUACAUCACGUGACUAUAUAAAGAGGGCGCGGGUUUUCCUGCGCGCCAGAUGGGAAUGAAUCAGAAUUUCUUUACCGGUCGCUGCUCUUUUAUUAUAUUUAUCUACAAAUCGACUCAUCAAUUGAAAGGUGUACAGGUUCUAAAUGAUGAAAAAUAGAAGAAAGAUUGAUCCUUUCGCUCCUGAUAUAGAAGAAUGCGAAGAGACGAAACCCAAACCAGUCAUGCCUGAGCCCGUUCAGAUGGAAGCUCACAUUUAUCUGCCUCCAUUACCAAGGAAGAGACUUAGUUCUAAAGAAGAAUUUCUUCGAGUUUUGGCAAAUGAUAAUGGUGGAUCUAUUAAUAAUGCUGAUUUGGAGCCAUCGGACAGUAGUUCAGAAAGUGACACUGAGUUAAUUCGUAGUAGAGGAUGUCCACUAGCAGUUUGCGAAACUGAAGAUCCUUUUGUACAGCAACUAACCAAGUUAAGAUUAUGGGAUAGUCAUCUACCGGAUAGGGUCAGAAAGAAGAACAGUUUAAAAUCUUGUCCACAUGCACAUUCAGCAUUAGAAAAAACCCCACCAAUUCAACUAAAGAAGCGUCACACUGUCUCUGAGUAUACUGAUACAACUUAUGGAGCGGCUGCAUCACCAGUUGCAUUUGAUAAUUUUAUGAGGAGGAGGUCAUCGGAGUGGUCGCCGUUUUCCCUUUCUCGGAGUUUUGGUCGAAACUCUUUAGAUUCUCUAUCCGAAGAUAAGACUUUAAAAAGACAUAGAACAGAAGUGUCCUCAGUGUCAAGCAGUUGUUCAAGUUCACCAGCUAGAAGAAAGAUAAAAAAAAAUUUGAGCGAUAGAGAUCUUUUUAAAGCGAGUAAAGAAUAUUCAACAGUUAAAACUUUCUUUGAAUCCCAAGAUUCCAUAGCAGGAACUGAUUUAGAAAGAGAAAAUGCUCAUUUCUGGAUGAGUGAAGUUGUUAUAGAAGCAAUGGAAAUGAUGAAAUAUGAUACAAUUAAUUCACCUUCACAACAUAGCAUUGAAAAUAUCGAUUCAGAAAAAAUUGAGAAAGAUUCUUUAAAAGAAAAUAGUCAACUUAAAAAGAGUAAAGAGGGAAGAAAGAGGAGGAAAAAGCGUUCAAAUCACUUUAGGGAAGAAGAGGGAUGGUUGUUGAUUCCUAAUGUAAGAGACGAUGAGAAAGCCAAUGAAAGUUUAUCAAACAAUGAUGAAGAAACUUCUAUAACAUCAGUUUCUCAAUCCCUUCCUGAAAAUGUUGCAAUGAGCAUUCUAAAAAAAUAUUCUGACGAUAUUUUGCCUUUCGUGUCGAACAUACAUUUACCAAUGACACUAGAUGGAGCCAAGUUACGAGGUACUGUCGAUUGGGCACCGCCAAGACCUCAACUUAUCUAUAACUCUUACGAGCCACCAAAAGACAUCGAUCAUCAAAUAAAGUCACAAAAAUGGAGAUGUCCAGGAUGUGGAUCGGACAUUUUGAGAGGAUUCUCAUCAAGAUUACGUUUCUGCUAUUAUUUUGGAAAGUACUUUUGUCCUUGUUGCCAUGAUAAUCAACUGAGUUACAUUCCUGCCAAAGUAAUCCAGAAAUGGGAUUUUAAUAGAUAUGCUGUCUCAAAUUUUGCCAAAGAUGUUAUUAACAAGAAUUACGAUGAUGUUGAUACUUGGCCUUUUAAUAUUCAAGUUUUAAAUGCGAAUUUAUACGAAAAAGUUCAAGCGCUUGACAGGAUACGAAGGAUAAGAAAAAAAUUUAUUGCAGUUUAUCCUUACAUCGUUACCUGUAAUCAAGAUAAUGGUUUGAAAUACGAAAUUCAAAAAUGGCCGGAACAUUGGUUUAAGGAUGAGCACGAAUAUACCUUAAAUGAUUUGUCUCAAGUGCGGAAAAAACAGCUGAUUAUUGCUCUAGCAAGAGUCACUGACCUGUGCAUAAAACAUGUAGACGACUGUGAGCUUUGUAAAGCUAAAGCUUGUAAAACUGUAUAUCAUAAUGAUUGUUUUCAUAAGGGAAUCUCAUGCCCAAAAUGCGAAAGAAUAAACUUAAGGAAGAAGAAAAAUAUGAAUGAAAAAACAACAGAAGGAACAGAAGAAUGA